UUCAGUUGUGGAAAAAUGGAGAGGAAAUUAGUUCUCAUGAGAGAGGGUUAACAAAUUUGCAAAUUGGAAACUUUUAUUUAAAAAAAAUUAAAAAAGAAUAUAAAAUUAGAUGAAGUGUAUAAGUAAGUUAAUGUUAUGUGGUUAUGGAAUAGAAAGUUACAAAAGAAGUAUUGCUGUCUUAAAAAAAAAGAUGCCUACUUUACCUACACCAGCAACAGAGAUAUGAAAGCCUGUGAGCUUGAAGGAUGUGCCAUCUGCUAUAUUGUUGAUCAAAAUAAUAAAACACACCUUUUUGUAAUUCUGUAUAAUGGAGAACACCUAAUCCAAAGACCUAUUGGAGAAGCUUUCAGAAUUAAUGAUUGCUUAUGCUUAGCCACUUCAGCAGCAAAACACAAAGAAAUAAUGUUGUCACCAUAUUUGUAUAAGGAUUAUCGAUUUCCACUGGGGAAUGGCUGGCGAGAAAGUGAGGAUUGUAUUGGUUUGGCAGUACCAAUUAUGAAAAGUAACUGCCAAGUUCUCGGUGUUAUUGAAUUAACCAAACCUAUGUUUUCAAAUGAAUACUCGCCUAUUGAUACUGAAGCCGUUUCAUUGAUGACUUCUCUGUUUGGCUAUUUGGCAGAGGAAAGUGAUAUAACAACAGAAAUACAAAUGGUAUUAACAUUUAUUAAUCCAAUGAUGAAAUUGAUUACCCAAUAUUUAGAAUGCACUCUUCCUGCUGCUACCAUAAUUUCUCAGUUGACGUUCAUGAAUAAAAAUGAGCUUGGGGCCAUAAAUAGCUCAUUUUGUGUAAAGAAAGUAACCAGAAAUCUGCAAUAUAACAUACUUUACACUGAAGAUAAUGCUGCUUCACACUGUCAUGUAGAAACUUCAAAAAUAUGUUCAAGAGACGACAACAGUUUUUUGGGGUAUUCAAUGAGAAGAGGAGAAAACACUAAAGGGAAAGAAAAGAAUGGUCAAAAGUGGCUCCUAGGGAUUCCCAUCAAGUUCAAUGAAGUUACAGGUGGUAUACAGUUUCAGUUUCUUGGUUCGAACGAGCCAUAUAUUAGUGAAAAGAAUGUAAAAUUGCUAGAAAUUACAUGUACAUUUUUAGGCUUUAUUCUAGAAAUGAAUGAGCUAGGCGAUGAAUUAUUUAAGCACGAAAAAGAGAUAAUUGUUAUUGAAGAUAUGUUAAAACUCCAAACAUGCCAUUGUAACCAUGAACUCAUUAAACUUCAGAAUGCAACUGAUUCAUAUGAAGAAUCAAAUGAUAUAUAUUCAUACACCUGGUCUCCUGAAAUAACGAAUGAACAGGAAACAAUUUUAAUAGUAUUUCGUAAUUUACUUGAGAGUUUUACUGGACAUUUGUUCUAUGACCGAAAAGCAUUAAAUGAAUUUAUUCUUUUUAUUAAAAGAACACAUACUCGUAAUAAGGAGAUAAACUACAGACAUAUACUUGUAACUACUCACUUUAUUGUAGUUUUCUUAAAGAAGAAUGAAGACUACUUUUCACCAAUCGAGAGAGAUGCUCUUGUGAUGUCAGCAUUAUGCCAUUAUAUCCAUAAGUGUGAACCAACAUACUCCUUCAUCUAUGAAUCAAUAUUUAAGACAUUCAGAAUAUGUGACAAUUCUUCAAAACUUGUCAAUACUGGUUUACUGACUAAGAUGAAACGAUGGAAAUAUUUUUAUCCGUGUAAUUAUCUCUCUGACAUUGAUAAAUAUAAAAAAAAAUAUUAUGAAAUAGUAAAUCUUAUUGGAAAAAAAAAGUUUAAUCUUCAAAAUAAAUGCCACAGGGAACUAGUCAUUCUAGCUAUCAUUAUCAAUGCUGACAAAUCUAUGUAUUACAAACACAAAGUAUUUAUGAGCCAUCAUGAUGAAUACUGUUUGUACUGGAAUAUUGAGUUUUCUCUUUAUAAGAAAGAAAAAGCUUCUUAUUUUAAUAAAAAUAACCUAUGGACCCCAAAAUUAUUAGAUAAAAAUGACACAGAAGAGUACCAACUUAAAAAGCAGUUAGCGGUAGACCUUAUUAAUUCAUUUCUUCAGCCAUGGUUUAACAUUCUUAAGAUAUUAUUUGAAGAUACUGAAUAUUUACAACAUUAUCUGGACAAAAGUAUACAAUUAUUAAAACAACAUGAAAAAGAGGUUAAAGAAGAGCGGCGGAAAACAUUUAUAUUCACUCUGAAGCCAACUGGAUUAUGGCUUGGUCCUGAGGAGAAGUUAUCGAAACUGUAG